UGCAUAAACAAUGAAGACCAGUCUGGCACUGGUCGCUGUUGCCAGCAGACGUGUUAGCUGGCUUUGAGUGGCAGAUACAGUUUACCGGAUUGAAAAGUUAAUCGGUUUUACAACGUUACAAGUGAUCAUUGGGGUUAUUGAAAGUGUUUGUUACUUGUGCGAUUGGAGCUCAAGUGCAUUGCAUAAUUUAAUAUACAAAUAUUGAUACAAUUAUGUACAACAGUGCUUAUACUAAUUGUUCACGAGCAAUAAUACAAAUGAUACGGUGGUGAUGUGAAUAACGUGUUAACGUUGAAGUACGAAAAAAGUGGUGCAACUCCAGACAUCUAUCAAGAACAUAGGAGAAAGUUCAAGUGUAGUGCAAACUAUAUAAUACUAAAGUGGCAGAACUAAGCUUUUAGGAUUACUCGCCGAAAAUAAAACAAACAGUCAAAAUGAAUUCACUCGUCAUCGUGUGCGUCCCCCAUACGGUCGAGUACACACCUGCUGUACAGUUUUCCUCGCUAGAAUAUGUGACUGUUUCAGUGAAUGAAAUGGAGAGCGAAGACGAUAGUAUGGACAAUGCCAAAUCGAUUGCAGUAAGGUCACCCGAAACAGUGACGAAGAAUACAGCAAUGCAGGACAGACUGAUGCAGCACAUCAUGAAAGACGAUUUACUGCUGCUGAAUUCGUCGGAUAAAAUGAACUCACAAAUGGAUGUGCUUGAGCACUGUGAUGAGGUUCCGAUGUUUGACUGCAACAUUAACGCAACAGAAUAUGUUCCUAUUAGUAGUGAAAUAGUGUUAGAAGAUUCAUCGUCAAGCUUUGACGAAGGUAUAGGGUUGAGCAACACGGAAGACUCGAGUGACGAUCAAGCAAGUACCAAAACCAACGCUCUGGAUGCUUCCAAAUCUGUUGACGCACCUGUACCGAAGGACUACAGUUGCAAGCAGAAAAAAGACAAAUCCAAAUGCUAUCAAUGCGAAAUCUGUAACGAACGUUUUACGAUGAAGAAACACCUCCGGGAGCAUCACGUUACGAAGCAUCCGGGACAAAAUUGCAACAAAUGUGCGGUGUGUGAGAAAACGUUCAAACUACGCUCCAACCUUCGGCAGCAUCUUCGCAUCCACACGGGCGAACGUCCGUUCCGCUGUGACAUUUGCUGCAAAACGUUCGUCCAGGGCAGCGCUCUUACGGUCCACCGGGAGUUGCACAAGGAGCAACGGGACUACGAGUGUCCGGUGUGCCAGAAAGCGUUCAAAUCUAAAUUUGCUUUCAAAAAACACGAAAAAGUACACAUCGGAUUACGCCCCUUCAAAUGCGAUGAGUGUGGCAAAUCCUUCACCCAGUCCUGCAAUCUGAAGGCGCACCAGAAGCUUCACACGGGUAAUCACGCGUAUCAGUGUACGACCUGCUCCAAGACCUUCCGGUUCAAAUCCCACUACCAGGAUCAUCUGAUGACGCACACCAAGGAAAAGAAGUACUGCUGUGGCCAGUGUGGCCGAACCUUCGCGUACAAAAACUCCUUCCAGCGCCAUACCCAAAUUCACCGGGACGAAGCUCAACACCACUGUACGGAGUGCGGCAAACAGUUCAGCAAACUGAGUCAUCUCACCUUCCACCACAAAUCACACGGCUGUAUGCGUGGUUCAGCGGUAAGAGACGGAAAGGGCGCUGGUGCUUCAACAAAUCUGACUUGCGAUAUCUGUAGCAGCGUCUUCGAACGACCCGAUGCCUUGCUCGCCCAUCGACGGGAGCUACACAUCGCCGAGGACAGUGUGCGUGAAAAGGGACGAUCUCGGUACAAAUGCGUUAUCUGUAGCAAAUCUUUCCGGGAGGAGAAGGAACUGCGUACCCAUUUCAAGCUGCACGAGGCCGACGAUUGUCCCUUUCAGUGUGGGAUGUGUGGAAUCCUCAACCUCAACCACACCUAACUGACUGCGUUGGGUUGUUCCUAGUGGAGCGAUAGAGGCACAGGUUAAAUUAACUGAACGAUAAGAACAAAUUCUGUGAUAUCUCUCUCUGAGUGUAUGAAAUAUAUAUACAUAAAAGUUUGCACCGCUGGGCCAGCAAAAGUAACUACAGGAUAAGAUCAGUGUUUUAAUUACCGUCACAAACCACAUUUUGUGACAGUCCUCUCGCCGUAUCUAGCCCGGAUUAAUGGAAACAAAAGGUAAUAAUGGAAAACAUUCCCAAUGCGUUCCAUCUACGGUCGUCUUUGCUGAGUUGUCUAUCUCUUAUGCAUAUGUGCUACCCACAAAAACAUGAGAAUCGGGCUCGCAGCACGGUCCUGUGCAAGGUGUUGAAAAUAAUUCUUGUGGGAGUAGUUACUUCCUUAACGGACGUACCAUAUCGAGCAAGGAUAGUGUCUUAAACGAAACCCUAAGCAAGAGGGUCUUUCAAUAAACUAACUAAUUGAAAGAUAUUCCUCUGCAUCUUGGGAAGCAGAAACUUCCCAACUGUAAUACUGUAAUCCCAUCGGAAUGGAACCAAAUGGGUGCAUAAUAAAACUAUUAUUAUGUUUUGAAGGGUUGCAAGUGGGGAAUGGGAUUUUAGAAAAUCAAAACUGAAUUUGAUGGGAGGCACUGUGCGGAUGAUUCUCGUGAACGAUUUCAUAUUUUUAAUAAUGUUAAUUAUACCCUGAUAUUGAAUUGCGACCUCAUGUUUGCUUGGUGUAUGUAUUUAACUAAUCAUCCACUGGUUUGCCACAGGUUUCUCAUGGCAUAUUGAAGCUUCAGUUUACUACAAAAUAUCAAAUUAAACCAUUGUUUUUAAAUCACAUCUAUGGAAUAUUGUGAAUAUAUGUUGUGUCUUGGAUGGACAUUUCAAUAAAACUCACAAAUUCAAACACA